AUGGUUGUUGAGGCAGCGUUACUUGAUAAGGUGGAUGAAGUGGAUACGUUUCUGUCGAAUCAAGAAGGUAUGAUUAUACGAGGCCCUGAUCCACGUAUGUGUCAUCAUGGACCACGUCAAAAGUGUACACAUUGUCUUCCGCUUGAUCCAUAUGAUGAGGAAUAUCUAAAGGAAAAAGAAAUCAAGCACAUGUCGUUCCAUGCAUACGUUCGUAAACUAACCGCUGGUCAUGGAAAAGGUACUCAACUGAAAAAACCACUCGAAAAUGUUGUUUGCAAACUGAAAGAGAACUGUACGGCUCAUAAACCAUAUCCUCAGGGUAUCUGCACCAAAUGUCGUCCACCAUCUAUGACACUUAAUAGACAGGUUGCUUUCGUUUGUUUUUGUUUCUUUCAUUUGUUUGUUUAG